GAAUAUCCUGAAAAUAUGUCAGAAGCUUCAUCUUAUCAUGACUUUUUCUGUGAUUCCCUGUCAGACGCACAGAAUGGUGAAUUUUCAAAUGAACUUUCUGCCUUCCUUACCCAGGAAGAGAUAAGUAAGAGCCUUGACAUAGCUCGAGAAGCCAUUGCCAAUUCCAUGGAGGAAGAUGAGAACACAUCACCAGACUUUACUCGUUAUCUCAACACCCCUCUUUCUAGCCCUUCAGAAGACCCUUCUUUCAGGGACACCAUCCUACAUGAGGAAGAUGCUUUACAGACACCUCAAGCAAGCAGUUGGACUUCAUCUGCUGCAAGUCAUGUUCUCCCAAGGAAUCAGAAAGAGCAAUCCACUGCACCUCAGACAGAGGAUAGUUUUGUCACAGUUUCUAGGAGACAAGCAAGCACCUCACCUUUUCUACCUGCUAGUCCCAGCUUUGUCAGAAGCCUGAAAUUUUCAGAGAAAGGUAGCCCAUUUAUGCCUAAGACAAGCCCAAACUCUGAAUCGACUUCCCAGGGAGAAGCUCCUUUCAGGAACAAGCUGUGUGACAGAGCUGCCACAUUCAUAGAGGAGUUAUCAUCUAUAUUUAGACAGGCAGCGAAGACAAGAGGCCGUAGUCCCGAUGGGGACUCAUCUUCUCCAGACAGUGGAUACCUGUCUCCUAAUAAGAAACAACCAGCUUUAAGUACCUUAGUGAACCAGGAGUUUGACAAACCACAUCAAGAGACUGAACCUGAGGAAAAAUUACCUGGAGUUCAUCUGAAUGGAGAGCACUAUUCUGGAAGGGGGAGCAUCAUGGAGAGCAAAAUGGUCCUGUGCCGUCCCUUCAUCAACAUGGAAGAACAUGAACUUUCACCACCUCUAUUCACCCAGAAGCUCCGGAGCCAGGAAGUUGCUGAAGGAAACAAAGUAUUGCUGGAGUGCAGAGUUGCUGGCAACCCAGUCCCUGAUGUCAGAUGGUUCUGUGAAGGAAAAGAACUCCAGAAUUCCCCUGACAUUCAGAUCCAUUCUGAAAGUGGAGGACUUCAUUCACUAAUUAUAGUAGAAGCCUUUGAAGACGACACUGGACGCUAUACUUGUCUGGCUUCAAAUUCUUUUGGUUCAGAUAGCACAUCAGCUGAAAUAUUCAUUGAAGGUGCCAGUUCUACAGAUUCAGAGAGUGAAAGCUUAAUUUUCAAAUUAAAAUCUGGAGCUAUGCCACAGGCCCAAAAGAAAACCACUUCUGUUUCCUUGACAAUAGGAUCUUCUACACCAAAAUUGGGAGUGACCACAGCUGUGAUUCAGCCUAUCUCUGUGCCCAGUCAGCAGAUUCAAAGCCCAACUUCAUACCUGCACCAUCUGGAUGGACCCAAGCCUAUCUAUUCUGCGCCUACUUUUACGAAGGAGCUACAAAAUGCCACAGCAUCUGAAGGACAAGUCGUGGUAUUGGAAUGCAGGGUCAGAGGACCCCCUCCCAUUCAUGUUAAGUGGUUUCGACAAGGCACUGAAAUUCAAGAUUCUCCAGACUUCAGAAUUCUCCAAAAAAAGCCACGAUCUACAACUGAACCUGAAGAGAUAUGUACACUUGUAAUAGCAGAAACUUUUCCUGAAGAUUCAGGAAUUUUCACCUGCACAGCAACAAAUGAACAUGGUUCAGUAACAAGCAGUGCACAACUAACUGUCUGCUCAGCCAACUUGGAAUGCUCUGGUGAUGAUUUCCAUCAUUUCCCACCACUUCCUCCAGUUGAAAUUACCUCUCUUGAGCUUCUUCCUAAGACACAUACAGAUACCAACCAAGCAAACAACACUGAGUUGAGACCUGGUGUGAUAGACCUUCAACAACAUCUCAGUUCGUCUGAGGAAAAAUCAAAUGGCAUUCAUCCUCUUCAUGGAGUAAAUGGAAUGAUUAACAGCAAGCCAAAUAGUGAUAAAUCCAUCCCACCUUCAGCUGUCUUGCUUUCACCCACAAAGGAGCCACCACCUGUGCUUGCCAAACCAAAGCUGGACCCCCAAAAAAUACAGCAGUUGCAGAACCAAAUUCGUCUGGAGCAAGAAAGCGGACAGUGGUAUCGUCACCAACAGCAACCUGAUCAUCAUCAGCACCCUCCCUCUUCUCCUUCCUUUCCUCCUCCCCCCUCCUUCCAGGAGCUUGAGUCCAGCCAGUCUGCCACUUCUCCUGUGCCAAUGAGUAUUCUUAACUCUCAUACUUCCCCAACCAUGCAGUCUUCCAGCUCCUUCAACUAUGCUCGGCCUAAGCAGUUCAUUGCUGCCCAGAACAUCAGCCCUGCUUCAGGUUAUGUGACUCCAUCUUCUGGCUCAUCUACAUCCAGCCUUCCUUCUCCUAUGUCUCCAACUGCUUCUCAGAAACAGUUUGGGAGAGUGCCAGUUCCUCCCUUCUCUCAGCAGUUUGCUCCAGAAGGGGAAUAUGCCUGGUCUCCUUCUUCUCCAUCCCCUCCACCCCCACCUCCACCUGUCUUUAGUCCAACAGCAACAUAUCCUGUGUGUGAUUCCUUUCCACUUCCACCUCCUCCUCCCCCUCCUCUUCCUUCACUUUCUUCACCUUCCCACAGCCUGUCUCCAACUCCAAGAUUUCCUAAUUCCAGCCAGUCUCCAGCAGCUUUUCUCAGCUCCAUGCUGCCAUCCCAGCCACCACCCAUUUCUGUCAACGCGUUAGGCCUCCCGAAAGGAGUGACGCCUCCGGGAUUUCCCAAGAAAACAGGCAGAACUGCUAGGAUAGCAUCAGAUGAAGAGAUUCAAGGGUCAAAAGAUGCGGUAAUUCAGGAUCUGGAGAGAAAACUUCGCUUCAAAGAAGACCUUUUGAACAAUGGGCAACCGAGAUUAACAUAUGAGGAAAAAAUGGCUCGUCGAUUGCUGGGAGCAGACAGUGCUGCCACAGUCUUCAAUAUACAGGAACCAGAAGAAGAUCCUGCUAUACAGGAAGCUCGCUCUGUUGGUGCUUCUGUAGUGAGUCCCGUGGAUACUCAAAAGGAAUAUAAAGUCUCCAGCUUUGAGCAAAGGCUGAUCAGUGAAAUUGAAUACAGGCUGGAGAGAUCUCCUGUGGAAGAAUCAGAUGAUGAAGUACAACAUGGAGAUGAACCUAUUGAUAACAGUAUGUCACCAUAUUUUGAAAUAAAGCUGAAGCACUACAAAAUCUUUGAAGGAAUGCCAGUCACAUUUACAUGCAAAGUGGCAGGAAAUCCAAAGCCAAAGAUUUAUUGGUUUAAAGAUGGGAAGCAAAUUUCUAAACGAAGUGAUCACUACCGAAUUCAAAGAGAACCUGAUGGAACUUGCUCACUGCAUACUGCAGCCUCCACCCUGGAUGAUGAUGGGAAUUACACUAUUAUGGCUGCUAACCCACAGGGCAGAGUAAGUUGCACGGGAAGGCUGAUGGUUCAAGCUGUAAAUCAAAGAGGCCGAAGUCCUUGGUCACCUUCAGGUCAGCCUCACAUAAGAAGACCACGAUCUCGAUCAAGGGACAGUGGUGAUGAAAAUGAACCAAUUCAGGAACGAUUCUUCCGGCCUCAUUUUCUACAGGCUCCUGGAGACCUGACUGUUCAAGAAGGAAAACUAUGCAGGAUGGACUGCAAGGUUAGUGGAUUACCAACUCCAGACUUAAGCUGGCAACUUAAUGGCAGACCAAUUCGCCCUGACAGCUCUCACAAAAUGUUGGUGCGUGAGAAUGGGGUGCACUCCUUGAUCAUAGAACCAGUCACAUCCAGAGAUGCUGGAAUCUACACGUGCAUUGCCAGCAAUCGAGCUGGUGAAAAUUCAUUCAGUCUGGAGCUCACUGUUGCAGCUAAAGAAAUACAAAAAGCACCUGUGUUUAUAGAGAAGCUACAAAACACAGGUGUGACUGAGGGAUUCCCAGUGCGACUGGAGUGUCGAAUCUCAGGGGAGCCAUCUCCUCAGAUAUUCUGGAAGAAAGAGAACGAGUCACUCACAUACAACACUGACCGAGUGAGCAUGCACCAGGAUAGCUAUGGCUACAUUUGCCUGCUUAUUCAGGGAGCUACAAAGGAGGAUGCUGGCUGGUACACUGUUUCAGCUAAGAAUGAGGCUGGGAUUGUGUCUUGCACUGCCAGGUUGGAUGUUUAUACUCAGUGGCAACAACCCCCUCAGCAGACCAAGCCAAAGAAGGUGCGGCCCUCAGCCAGCCGAUACGCUGCUCUCUGUGACCAAGGACUAGACAUCAAAGCAGCUUUCCAGCCAGAAGCAAAUCCAGUGCACCUGACAAUGCAGCCCGGCCUGGUAGAGAGCGAUGAUCUGUAG